AUAAAAGUGCGCCACUGACCACAGACAGCAUCCAGUCAAAGGUUUGGAAUCGUGUGUGAUUCUACACUCCUUAAACAGUUGAUUUCAAUAAUAUUUCUGAGUUGCUCCCUUGGCAAGUCCCAACACACUUCACAAUGAAAGUUUUCAUCUGCUUAGCCGCUCUGCUGGUGGCCUCAGCCUGCGCCAGCAAGACCGAGGAGGAGAAGGUUCCACUGGAGAAGAAGCUGGACAAGCGCGGUCUGCUUGAUCUCGGCUAUGGCUAUGGCCAUGCUGGUCUCGAUGUUGGCCACAUUGGUCACGGCUCCCUCGCCGGUGGUCUGACCGGCUACGGUCACUCUGCCCCCGCCGCCGUUGCUGUGGGACACAGCGGUCCUGCCAUCGCCUAUGGCCACAGCGCUCCCGCCGUUGCCGUCCAAGCUCACGCCGUGCCCGCCCCCUAUGUGAUCAGCAAGCAGGCUGAUGUGCACAAGACCAUCACCAUCACCAAGGGCAUCCCAGUGCCCGUACAUGUCGAUCGCCCCUACCCCGUUGUGCAUGAGAAGCGCGUGCCCGUUGAGGUUAAGGUGCCCGUGCCCCAGCCCUAUGAGGUGAUCAGGAAGGUCGCUGUCCCUGUCAAGGAAUACGUCAAGGUGCCCGUCCCAGUGCCACAGCCCUACGAAGUCAUCCGUCACGAGAAGGUGCCAAUCCAUGUGCCCGUCGACCGUCCAGUGCCCGUUGAGGUACCCAAGCCAUACCCCGUCCCCGUCGAGAAGCCCUACCCCGUCUACGUGGAGAAGGUGCAGAAGGUGCCCGUGCACAUCCCCGUCGACCGUCCAUACCCCGUCUACGUCAAGGUGCCCGUUGUCUCGCACUCCGUGGUGAAGCACGCACCUUCCGUUGCCGUCAGCAGCAUCCCCGUCAGCCACUACCCCGUCAGCAGCAUCGGUCAUGACGCCACCGUCUACGCCGACCAUGGUGGUUACCACAAGUAGAGCGGGAGCGAAUUCAAAUGGAGCAAACGGGAUUCACAAGAAAUAUGCCGAAUCAAAUUUAGCAACAUUUUUUUCAAUUCUAUCCAAAAAAAAAACAAAGAAA